UGGGCCGUGGGCAUGCUUAUCUAGUGUAUAUGGAUAUGUCAAACGACCCCAAGAUAGCCACCAUCCAAACAAAGCGUAAGUGAGUUAUGGUGCAGGGUUUCUAUUGAAGAACACAUUAUUCCACUCAAAUUUCGAGGAAUAAAGGGGAACAGCGAGCGAACUAGGAAUAAAAUAAAGGGAAGGAGACAUUAUUCUUCGAAAGAUGCCAAGUCUUUUUGGGGUUUCCCAUAUGCUAAAAAUAGGUGGAUCCAUCUCUCUUCUCUUCAACCACCGCAUUUCUUCGACGUUUCUUCCUCUUCGUAAUAUCGGGAUCAUGUCCUCCGGCGCCGAUGAGUUCGUCAAGGGACAUGUCCACCCGAAUGGUGUCGCCGUUAUCACUCUGGAUCGUCCUAAAGCUCUCAAUGCGAUGAACUUAAAUAUGGAUAUUAAGUACAAGAGUUUCCUGGAUGAAUGGGAAACAGACCCAAGGGUGAAGUGUGUUUUGGUUGGCAGUAGCUCCCCCCGUGCCUUUUCAGCAGGUGGUGAUAUCAAGCAGAUUGCAACCAAAAAACAGCAGUCAGAUAUGAUUGAGGUAUUCAAGGCUGAGUAUCCUAUAAUAUGUAAAGUCUUCGAGUACAAAAAGCCUUACAUCAGCUUCAUGGAUGGCAUUACAAUGGGCUUUGGAAUUGGUUUAUCUGGUCAUGGUCGUUACAAGCUUAUCACAGAGAGGACUGUUCUAGCGAUGCCAGAAAAUGGAGUUGGGUUGUUUCCAGAUGUCGGUUUUUCCUAUAUAGCGGCACAUGGUCCUGGAGAAGGCACAGUUGGUGCUUAUCUUGGAUUGACUGGAAGUAGGAUAUUAACACCUGCUGAUGCUCUGUAUGUUGGUCUGGCAACUCAUUAUGUACCUUCUGCAAAUUUAGGUACAUUGAAGGAAGCUUUGCUUGCAACUAAAUUCUCUGAGGAUCCAGAUGAGGAGAUAAAAGAACUAUUGGCGAAGUACAGCAGCGACCCUGUUUCAGGACCCCGUUUGAAGUUACUUUUACCCAGAAUAAUUUCUACUUUCGCUGCUAACAAGUCCAUUAGAGAGAUACUAGAGGAGUUAGAAAAUCAUCAGCAAAGCGCUGAUACAUUGGUGGCAGAAUGGGCCAAGGAUGCUCUGCUAGGGCUUAGUAAGGGGGCCCCUUUUUCUCUGUGUCUCACCCAAAAGCUCUUCUCUAAAGUUGCAUUUGCAUGUGGCAAAAAUGAGAACGACUUAUCCAGGCUCACUGGUGUCAUGAGAACUGAAUAUCGCAUUGCUAUAAGGUCCGCUCUACGGAACGACUUUGCUGAAGGUGUCCGAGCAGUCUUAGUGGACAAGGAUCAGAACCCAAAGUGGAAACCAUCUUGCCUGGAGGAAGUUGACCACAGCGAGGUAGAAGCUCUUUUUGAACCUUUGAGCCCAGAUAUUGGAGAAUUGAAUGUCUGAAUGUGCCUGGAUAUCCUGUAUCUACGCACUAGUAAGGAUUAAAAAGAUGAUUCUCUUUUGGUCAGAAGAAUACAUGUUUACGUGGUUAAACCCAGACAAUAAAUGAGCUCUAAUCUCUAGUUGAUUUAUCCUUUUAUUCUUUUAUAUAUUAUAUGUAAAUGUACGAACACUGUCAACCCAAAUGUCACGACGCAAUUUCUCGAGUUA